AAUUAAAUAAAACUUCAACCCAAUGAUUAGCGAUAAUACAUUAGAAACAGUCAACAUUAUUGACUCUGAGGAGUCCGAAUAUGAAUCUGACGACAGGGAUGACUGGAGAUCAGACGUCAUCAAAGGCCACUUCGAGACUUCGAAGAUGGUAGAUGAAGCACUUUCAGGAUUAAAAGAGACUUCUGAAGAUGCCCAAGACCUUCUUAUGAGUACGAUUAGUGUUUCUGAUAUGUGGAACUCCUACCAAGACAAAUUCAAAUUGGCUUGUAAAAAGCUCGGAGAAAGAAUCGAAGCUGAUGAACGUGAAAGAGAAGAAAUGAUGAAAAAGUAUGGAAGAGUCUUUAAGAGAGGUCACCACCACAAGCUCUCUACUAAUGCCACAAUUGUUAGGCAACAAGCGAAAUUUAUACGCAAGGAAAGAAAGAGUAUGAACUUCUAA